AUGGACGAAUUUCUGCACAAACAUUUCCGGCUGUUCAAUGAACGCCAUCUGCAGCUCUAUCGAACGAUCGAUGUAUUCGAUGAGUUAAUCGUGUUUUUGCGCGUUUUUCUGACGAACUGUGGCGUGGAUAUUCUGCUGAUGGACAAAUAUCGGUGGAAUUUUCGUACGUACUUGUGCAUCUUCUGCCUGACAUCGUUCGUUUUUUCGAUGGUGUUUACCGUAUAUAGACACUGGACCGAUUGGUACGCUGUUAUGGAUUCCCUUUCGGUUAGUGGUAUUGGAUUCCAGGGGAUGAUCAAGAUGUACAGUGCUUUGAAGCAAAAAUCCUACUUCCAAGAGAAGUACUUGAACAUCAAAACUCUUCACAUGCGAUCUACGAAGCAUCCGAAAAACAACCGGUCAAUGAUGAAGUGUACCCUUGUUAUAUUGUAUCUAUUUCGAUUUUUCUUCGUGUCCUAUGUCAUAGCAGGAGUAGCAUUUUUUGUGCUACCCUUCUACGUGAUGGUAGUGAGGCAAGAGAAGAGCCUGGUUCUUCCUUUGGAGUUACCUUUCGUUGAACCGUUCUCGGAAACUGGAUACGUUAUAACAACCGUUUACCAUUUGGUGAUGGUGGCCAUGGGCAUAAUGGGAAUACUGGCAGCCGACAUGGGAAUCAUGAUCCUCGUGCUUCACAUCAUUGGAAUUGUCGAUGUGUUUAUGAAUAACCUAGAAGAACUCGAUGAAAUUUUGCUACAGCCAGAGCUCGAUGCUGAGCAUAAACAAAAAAAAUUCACCGAGAUUUGUAAAAUGCAUAAAGAAAUAAUACAAUAUGAGGAAGAUUUGGAUAGUUGCUAUUAUAACACUGUUUUCGUGCAGGUGAUCACUUCGGUGUCGUGUCUCAGCCUAACGCUAUUUGUGAUCUAUAUGACUAGAGACUGGACCAGGCUUAUGUUUAUGCUGGCAACAUUUUUUCAGUUGUUGGAGUUUUGCAUGCUUGGAACAGCUCUUAGAGUAAAGAAUGAUCAUGUAAUCGAUGCAAUAUAUGACUGCAAUUGGCAUUUACUUACUGCGUCCGAUAAGCGAAGGUUCGCCAUUAUGUUGCACCGGGCUCAGAAUCCUGUAGAGAUGACAAUUGGUGGGAUCUCUUUAUUGAAUAUGGAAACAUUUGUCGAGAUAAUGAAAACCAUCUAUUCCUAUUUCGCUAUGAUGAUUAACUUUUUGGAAUAA